UAGGAUGGAAGCGAUAAUUUGUACCACUUGUCAUAAUUAUAUUAGAAAGAUAUCUUCUGGAGGUGGGCGAUCCGAUCAGACGGCAAUCACUGAAGUAGUUCAGCUGCUCAACUAAAUGCUAUGUACUCAUUUUCUCAUAAGAUUCUCCAGAUCUUCAAUCGUUCUCCAUUUCUCCAUCAAUGGCGGGAUUUUUGGCAACUAUUCGGCGCCUGUACCUCUCCAUCUACAAUUGGACUCUCUUCGUCGGAUGGGUUCAGGUGUUCUACUUCUCAGUCAAGCAAUUGAAGGAAUCUGGUCACCAACAGGUAUAUAAUGCCGUCGAACGUCCUCUUCAGUUUGCUCAAACUGCAGCUGUUUUAGAGAUUCUCCAUGGCCUCGUUGGGUUUGUGAGAUCCCCUGUAACAGCAACGUUACCACAGAUAGGUUCUAGAUUGUAUUUGACUUGGGGCAUCUUAUGGAGUUUCCCUGAGGUUAGGAAUCAUGUACUUGUUUCCUCCUUGGUCAUCAGCUGGUCUAUCACAGAGAUUAUCCGGUAUUCAUUUUAUGGCAUGAAGGAGGCGUUUGGUUUUGCACCUUCAUUGCUCCUAUGGCUAAGGUAUAGCACAUUCCUCUUGCUGUAUGUAACAGGCAUCACUAGUGAAGUUGGUUUAGUCUAUCUGGCUCUUCCUUACAUGAAGGAAUCUGGGAAGUAUUCUUUUAGAAUGCCAAACAAAUGGAACUUUUCUUUCGAUUACCUCUAUGGAGCGAUGCUUAUUCUUGCAAUCUACGUGCCAGGAAGUCCACAUAUGUACCGCUACAUGCUUGUUCAGAGGUCAAAAGCUCUCUCAAAAUCCAAAAAAGAGUAGGAAAAAAUGAAGUUAAUGUUAUUCUCGGGUUCAGUUUGUCUUAAUUCAGUGUACUUUCCGCAUAUUUAUCCUUAAUUUUCAUUUUUGAUCCUUAAUUUUUAUUUUUGAUUGGCUUAGUCUUGUUAAGGACAUUUUGUUUCCUCCCUUAAUAAAUUUGUCUACUGAGACUGCUUAAUCAA